AUGAAGACGUGCUUGUGGGCAGGAUGUUUAAAAAUAUGAAUAUCCAAUUUGAUGGUUUCAUCAGAAAUGUUGGCACGUAUGGUGAGAAAAGUGGAAUUGAAAGUGAUAGAUUUGAGCAGGGGAACAUGGCUAUCCCAGACAAGCUCCUGUCCGUAGAAAAACAUCUACCCUACAGAAGGUACAUCACCAUCGAGGAGCUGGCCAGUCUGGCCGGGGUUACCGUGAAGGGGGACGUAUUUCCCGCACACAUUGAGGGCCGCGUGUUCUCUCCACGUGGCAUUCUGCCGAUCAGCUUCUUCCCUGAAGGCGACAAAAGCAUUGCAGAGCGGGCUAAUCUGGACAACUUCUGGGUCAAGGAGAUUUUCUAUAGUUUUGACCUAGCAGAGAAAUACAAAGCAAAGAAAAACAAAGGCUUCUGGGCGACUUUUUUUCUCCAAAAACCGCUCAAUUUCCCAGUAUCCACACCAAAGUAUUUGGAACAGACCCAAAGCGGUACAGAGACCAAUGGUCCAGGUUAUACAGAGGAAUGGUCGAAGACUUUAAAACAUCCCGAAAGAGAACCUUGCAUUAGAUCUCAUGCCAGAGGGCUAAUAUCGAGGAUGGACAUGGACCGUAUCGAUGGCUUACAGAGAGACAAGAAGUGCUUGGUGACAACCGACAUCUGUGUUAAACGAGAUAAGGAAUAUCUUCUGCAGGAAUUGGCCGCUCCCACACAUUUCCGCACCCACACCAGUCUGGAAGUCGACUGUUGUGACGCCUUAUUAAGGACUAUCUACAAUCAAGCCUUGGGUGAAUUUCGCCUGCCUGUGAAGCAACUAUCUUCAGGAACAAAAAACAUGGAUUCAGCUCAGCUAAAGGUUCGAUUCCUGCAGGACAACAUCGCCAGUACAGGGAUAUCUGGGAAGGACGAAAAUGACAUCACCGACAAAAAGACAACCGGUGAAACUGAACACAAGACUUCUCUGAAGAAGAAACUGAGAGCAGCAAUCAAGAAACUAUUUUGCUGCUUUCCACAGAAGACGAAAUAAAUUAAAACAGUGACCAUAGUGUGAAAGUGAGUGUGAAGUGUGCGUGUGUGCGUGUGUACGUGUGCUCGGGGCGGGCUUUCCUAUGUAUAUCUGAUGCGCAAGGCGGUGAAUGCAUAUGAAUUGUGUGUAUGCGUGUGUAUGCGUGUGUAUCUUUAGUGUAUGAUGAUGUCUGUUAAUUCAAGGUUGUGAAUGUAAGGGAAGAGUCUGUGGGUGUGAGAAUUGCAGUACAAAUGCUCCCAUCUCUCAUUGUCCCAUUGUACUGGUGGACAGCAGCCAGGGUAUCGCCAAAUGCUCCCAUCUCUCAUUGUACUGGUGGACAGCAGCCAGAGUAUUGCCAAAUGCUCCUAUCUCUCAUUGUACUGGUGGACAGCAGCCAGAGUAUCACCAAAUGCUCCUAUCUCUCAUUGUACUGGUGGACAGCAGCCAGAGUAUCGCCAAAUGCUCCCAUCUCUCAUUGUACUGGUGGACAGCAGCCAGAGUAUCACCAAAUGCUCUCAUCUCUCAUCGUACUGGUGGACAGCAGCCAGAGUAUCACCAAAUGCUCCC